AUGACAAUCCUCCACAUCGUCCUCUCCGUCCUCGACUGGCUCUGCAUGCCAUUCUCCCGCGCAUCUGAAUCGGACUCAGAAACCUACGUCUCGCCGCGGGGCAUCUGGGAGAACUCCGGCGUCAUAUGGAUCGAGCCCGUGCUGGACCCUAGCUUCCGCGUCCUUGCCGUGCGGCACGCCGACGGCGCCGGUCCGCCGCCGUCUCACGAACACCCCUAUCCGCCGCAACUCUCGUCACAAGCCCCUUCCACCCUUAUAUGGGUCUGCCCCGAACUCGACCCGAGCUUCAAAGUCCACGGCGUGCGGCCCAUCGGCGCGGGCGGCGCGAGACCUAGUAAAAAGUUCGAGUUCAGCGACUCGGAGAGCGACGACGACGACGAGCCCGCCUCGGCUCCACAGACAGCGUGGGAGCCGUGGCACCGGUUGACGAAGCUGGAAACUUCUGCGUAG